AUGGGUAAAAGGAAAUCUUCUGCAAAACCAGUGAAGAAAAUCAAGCAGAGAUUGGACACGCAAUUUACGUGUCUAUUUUGUAAUCACGAAAAGGCAAUCAACUGUACAAUUGACAAAAAAUCAAGUAUAGGAACUUUGAAUUGUAAGAUCUGUGGGCAGUCAUUCCAAACUGCAAUCAAUUCGCUAUCGGAACCGAUUGACAUCUAUUCCAACUGGAUUGAUGCAUGUGAAGCUGUUGCUGAAGAGGAGGCCAAACGAGUCCAACACAAUAAUGGCUACAAUGUCAAUGACGACGAUUACGAAAACGAUGAUGAUGACGAGGACGACGAAAGAAAACCUAGUAUAAAGUCACGUCCUGCUAAAGUUGAAGAUGACGAGGACGAUUUUUAG